AGCUCCCGGAAGCGGCUGGCAACGGGCUGCGCCGAGGGCCAGAAAGCAUCGGGCGCGGGCGGGGGUGCGCGGCGGGGCUGAGGGGCCGCAAUGGAGGACGACGCGCCGGUGAUUUACGGGCUGGAGUUCCAGGCACGAGCUUUAACACCUCAAACAGCAGAAACAGAUGCAAUAAGAUUUUUGGUUGGAACACAGUCUCUUAGAUAUGAUAAUCAGAUUCACAUAAUCGAUUUUGAUGAUGAAAAUAACAUUAUAAACAAAAACGUUCUCCUUCAUCAAGUGGGUGAAAUUUGGCACAUUAGUACCAGUCCUGCAGAUAAAGGUGUACUAGCAACCUGCUACAAUAAAACUUCAGACACUAAAGUCAUGACAUGUGCUGCUGUUUGGAGGAUGCCGAAGGAAUUGGAAUCAGGCAGUCAUGAAUCCCCUGAUGAUUCAUCAAGCAACACUCAAACCCUGGAGCUACUCUGUCACCUUGACAACACAGCCCAUGGCAAUAUGGCCUGUGUUAUGUGGGAACCAAUGGGAGAUGGUAAAAAGAUUAUUUCACUGGCUGAUAACAACAUAUUAUUCUGGGAUUUGCAGGAAAGUUCAGCCAAAGCUGUGCUCUCUAGUUCUGCAGCCUUGGAAGGGAAAGGACAAUUAAAAUUUACUUCUGGAAGAUGGAGUCCACACCACAAUUGUACACAGAUUGCAACAGCCAACGAUACCACUGUCCGAGGAUGGGAUACGCGAAGCAUGAGACAGAUAUAUUGCAUAGAAAAUGCACAUGGACAGCUGGUACGAGACCUGGACUUUAAUCCCAAUAAACAGUACUACCUGGCUAGCUGUGGAGAUGACUGCAAGGUGAAAUUCUGGGACACAAGGAAUGUCACUGAACCAGUGAAGACACUAGAGGAGCAUUCCCACUGGGUCUGGAAUGUCAGAUACAAUCAUUCUCACGAUCAGCUGAUCCUUACAGGAAGCAGUGAUAGCAGAGUUAUCCUGUCUAAUAUGGUAUCAAUUUCUUCUGAACCAUUUGGGCACAUGGUAGAUGAUGAUGAACUCAGUGACCAAGAGGACCAGCAUCAAGAAGAGAAGAUUAAAGAGCCCCUUCAGGACAGUGUAAUAGCUACCUAUGAAGAACAUGAAGAUAGCGUAUAUGCAGUUGAAUGGUCCUCAGCAGACCCGUGGCUAUUUGCCUCUUUAAGUUAUGAUGGGAGACUUGUUAUUAACAGGGUUCCCAGAGCUCUUAAAUAUCACAUACUGUUAUAAUUUGUUUGGAUUAUGAUGGAGUUGUUAUCUUGAUGUACACAACCGGUAGGUAUUGUUUAGGGUUUUUUUCAGGAUCUAUUUUUAUUAAGUAUAGAUGUUAAAAUUUUGUUAAGAAUGUCUGUACUGAUAUAGACACUUCUAAUUUGUUUUUUGUAUUUGCCUUGGGGAAACUAUGGUGCAUUUUCUGAAGGCUGUGCUACGUAGCCUUCAGAGGUUAAUCACUUUGUGAACUAUAACGUUUCUGGAGAUACUGGGUACUUUUCCUACUAUUGCUUUAUUACAUCAGCUUCAUGCAAAUAUAAUGAAUUACAGAAAUGUUAUUAUGCUGUUACAGGACUGGGACAAUGUAGGGUGCAUGUAGCAGAAGUGAUCUACUUGUUUACAAGAAUGAUAUUUUAUAUUUCUUAUAUAAGCAGGCUUCUGCUCUUAACUAGGGCUACAUUCUGUUAACUGUUCUGGCCACAAAUACAGUUAGGAAUGGUCUUAAAAGGCUUUCUUAACACAGUCUAAUAAUCUUCCAUUUUUGCAUGUCUUCAGAAGAAAUGUUUUUUGUGAAAGUGAAACCUUUUAGAAUAUAUUUUUCAUUUAAGCCUUAUGGUAGUAUCAACAAAAUACCAUCCUGUAAUUUAUGAACUAAAUGCAGUUCUCAGUUAUGUCUUGUUACUGGAAACAAAGUUUGUCUUUACCAAAAUCUGUGAUAUACUCAUGUAAUAUGUUAUCCCAUAUUUAUAGAUUUAGUUGUGCUGUGAGGGGUUCUGGAGCUAUGCCUUUGUUACCCUGAAAAAUCUCUUUAAUAUUUGUCUACUUAGACUUUCUUUUUGAUCCUUCUGGCUCUGUGCCAAUCUGCAAUAUGCUGACAUGAUGUAGCAGGCUUGCAACUAAGCACAAAAUAUCCUUUGCUAUAUCCUACUCUUUGCAAUAUGUGACCGAGACAUUGGUCACUGUCUUGUUACAAAUGCUGAGAACAGGCAGAUGCUGCACUGUAGGAGAUCACGCAGGAAAUUUGAAAUGUAGAUGGAAGGCACAGUGAAACACGCCUGUACAUACUGACAGCCCCCCUCCCCUGGCAUAGCUUGCACUCAGAUGGAAAUUCUGCUGCUUGCUCUUUGUGUACCCAGCCUAACUGCAGCACUAAUUAUUCCCUGUUGCCUUUUCACCACCAUUACUUCCCUUUGACUUCAGAACCUGGGUAUGUGCAAUGGUGUUGGUUGUGGUACCAUUGUGUAAGACCACUCUGAAAAAAUGGCAAUGAACAUGGGAUGGAAAGAUCGAUACCAGCCUCUUACAGUGAUUCCUUCUGUUGCUAUGGCAACUGUUGGUGUUAGUGUUGAGGGACAGCCUGCUGCUCACCUCUGUUUGUCCUUACCCACUCCUGGAUCGAAACAUGUCCAAAUGUGAUUUGUUGUGUAUACACAGCUGCUUCAGUGAGAUCACGCUUCGAGAGUAUGACUGACUGGUAUAGUCCAAAACAGCCAGAAAAGAUGACUUUUGAAUUCUAUUUCUGGCUUUCUUAAAGAGCGUACUUGGAAGAAUUCAUAGGAGUGAAGUAAUCCAAUUAAAUCAUUUGUAUUAUUGUUUGUAUUUGUGUUAUGAUGUUGCCUAUUUGCUCCAGAAUGAAUGCUUCAUUGGAAAUUCUGAUGAUCUGAUUUUCUGUGUUAAGAUUUUAAACUUGUGCUAUUUUGAAUUGUUUCAAUAUGUAAUUAGGCAUGAGCUAUUCAUUUGUAUACUGUAAGAAAAACUACAUUUCCAAAUUUGUAUUGUUUCAGUUGUCUGAAUAUCAAAAUCCUUGGUUGGGGUGCUUUAUAUGCAGAGCUUUUAAUCUUCAGACACAAAGCCUUGUUGGGUGUCGUGUCUGUCCCACCUGUGUGCCACCCUCUCCACCCCACCCACCCCAGGAAAAAGAACAUAUACCUCUGCAGUACACCUUUGGUAUGCAGGGGAAUUCUUUAAAAAUUUUCUUCACAUUAGCAAUAAAGAUCUCUUGAAACUUUAUUGUCUAGCAAUGUAUAUGGCUUGCAGUGUGAAGGUGACAGGGAAAUGGCAUAACCCUGUGUGGAAUUUGACUUGAUUUUUAACAUGUAAUAAAUGCAGGAUAGAUUUCAGACUAAUUUUUAUGUGGCUUUAUUUCCUUUAAUAUUGUAAGCUUAUAUGAGCUGAAAAGCUCUCCCAACAAAUAAUACCGAGAAAUGUUUUCUUUUGUUUUAAUUUUGUUAAAUGUGUAUAUCACUCAAUAGGGAAGAUGAGAGGGGAUGAACACUCGAAAGGAAGGGACUAGCAGGUCAGAUUUGAAUGAAAAUGCAUUACAGUAAAAUCAAGAGAGCAGGAAGGGUCAAUUUUUAAUCAUUUUCAGGUGUCUGUAAAGUGGGAUCUGAGCUACAUGUACAACACUGGCAGCAAUAUGGAAAUGACCUUCAGAAAGGAAAGGCUUUUGACAAGGUUUCAUCCCAGGCUGUUAGAGCAAGCAAGCUGCUGUAGGAUAGAAGAAAGGGUUCUAAGAUGGUUAAAUAACUGAUUAAAAGAUAGGAAAUAGGAAGCAGGAAGAAAUUACAUUUCCUGGCAAAAAAAAAAAUUACUGACGAAGUCCACAAGGAUCUGUGCCUGGGCAUGUGUUUCACACGACCUUUUGGAAAAAGGGCUGCAUAGAAAUAUGUCAAAGUUUGCAGAGACUGUUCAGAGUAGUAAAUAUGACUGAAGAACUAUGAAAAGGCCUUACUUCAUGGAGUGGCUGGAUGAUAAAAUGGUGGAUAAAAUUCAGUGCAGGAAAUGUGAAGUAACUAAUAUGGGAGAACAGUUAUUUUACAUACCGUGGGCCACCAAUAUAUGGCUGUUACUUGGAAGUAAGAUCUUGGAGGUUUUAUAGAUCUUCUAAAACAUCAGAUUAAUAGAGGUUAAAAUUUUAAUUAAAAUGUUGGGAAUUAUUAGCAAGUAAAGAAAAUAAAACAUUAUUAAUCCCCCAAAAUAAUACAUAUAUUUAUACAUCUGUGAUGUAUGUGCAUCUUGAAUGCUGUGUGUAGUUCUGAGUUCUUCCAUCUCAAACCCAAUGUAGUAAAACUGGGAAAGAUUUUAGAGAAGAAUGACAGGAAUGAUGAAUAGCAUGCAACACCUCUAUGAGGAUAACUGAAUAGACUGAAAGGCAGAUGGUUGAGAGGGAAUGAUAAAAGUCCAUAAAAUCACAAGUGGCAGAGGGAGAGGAUGAAUAGGAGUGAUUGUUCAGUGUCUCUCCUGAUACCAGAACUAGAGGUUAUUGAAUGUAAUCUGCAUGUGGUGGCUCAAAGCAUACAAAAUAAGGUGGUCUCCACAGGCAUGAAGGUGAGCUCUGGCACUCCUCUUUAACAAUCACUUCUCCCUGCAAAAAAAAA